GUGCUGAAAGAGAAAAAGUUCAGCUUGGUGGAACUUGUUCAUCUAUUCUUCACUGAAACCAAAGAAAUCUGCAGCUUUGAAGACUUCCAGGUUCUCUUCAUCUUGGAUGGUCUGGAUGAGAGUCGACUUCCUCUGGACUUCCACAACAAGGAGAUCCUGACUGAUGUUACAGAGUCCACCUCAGUGGAUGUUCUGCUGACAAACCUGAUUAGGGGGAAACUGCUUCCAUCUGCUCUGCUCUGGAUAACCACACGACCUGCAGCAGCCAAUCAGAUCCCUUGUAAUUGCGUUGGUAUGGUGACAGAAGUCAGAGGUUUCACUGGCCCACAGAAGGAGGAGUACUUCAAGAAGAGAUUUGGAGAUGAGCAAGCUUGCAAAAUACUUUCCCAUGUAAAGACAUCACAAAGUCUUUAUAUAAUGUGCCACAUCCCAGUUUUCUGCUGGAUCACUGCUACAGUUUUGGAGGCUGUGAUGAGGAAAAAAGAGGGAGGAGAGCUGCCCAAUACCCUAACUCAAAUGUACAUCCACUUCCUGUUGGUUCAGACCAAAAUGAAGAAGGUCAAGUAUGAAGGAGGGGUAGAAACAGAUUCCAACUGGAGUACAGAUGACAGAAAAAUGAUUGAGGCUCUGGCAAAAUUGGCUUUUAAUCAGCUGCAAAAGGGAAACCUGAUCUUCUAUGAAUCAGACUUGAGAGAAUGUGGCAUCGAUAUCAGAGCAGCCUCAGUUUACUCAGGAGUGUUCACACAGAUGUUCAAAGAGGAGAGAGGGCUGCUCCAGGAGAAGGUGUUCUGCUUUGUCCAUCUGAGUGUUCAGGAGUUUCUGGCCGCUCUUCAUGUUCAUCAGACUUUCAUCAACUCAGGUGUGAACCUGAUGGAAGAAAAACAAACAGCUGUGCCAAUAUUAUUCAACAAAUCUAAAACAAAAUUACUGCAUCAUAAUGCUGUAGACCAGGCCUUACAGAGUCCAAAUGGACACCUGGACUUGUUCCUCCGCUUCCUGCUGGGACUUUCAGUCCAAACCAAUCAGAAACUCCUGAAAGGUCUGCUGACUCAAACAGGAAGUAGCUCUCACAACAACCAGAAAACAGUCCAGUAUAUAAAGAACAGGAUUAGUGAGAAUGUGUCUGCAGAGAAAACCAUCAAUCUUCUUCACUGUCUGAAUGAACUGAAUGAUCGAUCCCUGGUAGAGGAAAUCCAACAGUCUCUGGCGUCAGGAAGUCUCUCUCAUGAUAACUUGACUUUUGCUCAGUGGUCUGCUCUGGGGUUCAUCCUGUUAUCCUCUGGAGAAGAUCUGAAUGUGUUUGACCUGAAGAAAUACUCUGCUUCAGAGGAGGUUCUUCUGAGGCUGCUGCCAGUGGUUAAAGCCUCCAACAAAGCUAUACUAAGCAGCUGUAACUUGUCAGAGAGAAGCUGUGCAGCUCUGUCUUCAGUUCUCAGGUCCCAGUCCUCCAGUCUUAGAGAACUGGACCUGAAAAACAACAAUCUGAAGGAUUCAGGAGUGAAGCUUCUGUCCGAGGGACUAAAGAGUCCUCACUGCAUACUAGAAAGGAUAAACUUGUCAGGCUGUCUGAUCACAAAGGAUGGAUGUGGUUUUCUAGCUUCAGCACUCAAAUCAAACCCAAACCAUCUUAAAGAAUUGGAUCUGAGCUACAAUCAUCCAGGUCAAACAGGAGUAGAAAUGCUUUCGGCAGGACUGAAAGAUCCUCACUGCAGACUUGAAAUUCUCAGAUCAGAGCCUGCUGGUGAACGAUAUUUAAAACCAGGUCUAUGGAGGGAUGCAUGUGAGCUGACAUUUGACCCAGAAACAUUACAUCCAGACUUCCAUCUAUCCGAUGACAACAAGAGGGCGACACAUGUGGAGGAAGCUCGCUCAUGUUCUGAUCAUGUAGACAGAUUAAGUGUUCCUCAGCUGCUGUGUUGCAAAGCUCUGACAGGUCGCUGUUACUGGGAGGUUGAGUGGAGAGGAAAAAUCGAGAUAGCAUUGAGUUACAGAAUACUCAAAAGGAGAGCUCAGAGUAAGGAGUCUCAGUCAAGAAAUACUGAUGAAUCCUGGUGUCUGAGCUGCUGUGAUGAGGGUUACACUAUCUCUCAUUAUAAGAGCAGGAAACUCCUUUCCACAAUGUCCCCUCCCUCCUCCGUCUCUAACAGAGUCGCAGUGCAUGUGGACUGUCCUGCUGGCAUUCUGUCCUUCUACAGAGUCUCCUCUGGCUCACUGAUCAACCUUCACACCUUCAACACUACGUUUACUGAUACUCUUUACGCUGGAUUUACAAUCUCACCUGGUUCCUCAGUGUUGCUGUGUUGAGACUUCAGAACAUCAUUCAUUGUGCUUCUUUAUCCUGUAAAUAUGUGUUAAUUUAAUUCAGGCAAUUAUUUUCAGACCGAUGGAUUUAUUGGGUCUUUGAAACUCUUCUAAAUAACUCCAUUAUCUAGUCCUUUAAAGAUAAAAGAUCCUAGAAUUAAAUUAUUCUAGGAUCUAGAUGUCAUCUUUUUCUAAAGCUCUACUUUUUAACAGAGAGCAGGCCAUCUUCCUCCUUAGAAAAGUUUUUUGCUGACAGAUAAGACACUGAUCUCAGAAAUUAAUUUUAUUUAAAAAAGCUAUCAUAUUUGAUCACUUAAACAGAUAAAUAAAAUUAGAAUUAUGCUACUUUACAUCAUGAAAUUCUUUCUUUCUGUAGUAUCUCGCCAAACAAACUCAAUAGCCUAUGAGUUGAUGUUUUUCAGAUUCAAAUACAGAGGUGUCAAAAGUAUUAAUAAAUAUUAUUCAAGCAGAAGUAAAAAUCCUGCUGUUUAAAAACACUUUUGUAAAAGUUAGAGGAUUAUCUUCAGCUUUUUACUCCAGUAA